AUGAAUAAUAUCUAUUCACAUUCUAUUAUAAUUGAUAAUGGAUCCGCUUUUUGCAGAGUUGGCUAUUCAUCAGAUAAUAUUCCUAAAUACUCUUUUCCAAGUCCAGUACUUAGAUUUAAAUGUAAACUUUAAGUUUAUUAGAUUCGAGAAAUCAAAUUUCAGAAGAAGAUUACUUAAUUAAAUAUCCUAUAUAAAAUAGUAAGAUUGUAGAUUUUGAUACAAUGGAAUCUGUCUGGCAUAAAGCUUUUUAUAAUUAUUUAAAUACUAAUCCUGACGAUUCUUCAAUUCUAAUUACAUCAUAUUUAAAUACAAUAAGAAAAGAAAAAGAAAAAAUUACUUAAAUUAUGUUCGAAACUUUCAAUAUAUCUAAAUUCAUUAUAUAAAUAUAAUCAAUUCUAUCAUUAAUUUCUAGUGGAAAUACAACAGGAUUUAUUGUUGACUCAGGUAAUGAUACAACUUAUUUUGUACCUAUCUAUUAAGGAUAUAAAUUAAAUAUUAAAGAUAAUUUCUGUAAUAUUGCUGGUAAAUCUUGUUCAAUUUACUUAAAUCAUUUAUUGACACAGUCAAAUUAGAAAAGAAUAGAAAAUCUAGAAAUUUUAGAUUAUAUCAAAGAAUAGUAUUGCUAUCUUACAUAAGUAACAUAAUAAGAAUUACAGAAUCAAUUAUAAGAUCCGUUUAAACCAAUUGUUUAUGAAUUACCAGAUGGUUCUCCUUUAAAAUUUGGAAUAUAAAUCUUAUAAUCACCUUAAAUUAUAUUCAAUCCAAAUUUAUAUUUUAAUACUAGUCUUGGAUAUCAUUAGUUAGCUUUAAAUAGUAUUGAGUAAAUUGAAUCAGAUCUGAAAAUAUCAUUAUUAAGAAAUACAAUGAUAUCUGGAGGUAAUUCUUUUAUUCGUGGAUUUUCAGAACGAUUUAUAUUUGAAUUUAACAAAAUUAGCGAUUAAAGAUAUUUUGAAUAAUUGAAUAUAACUAAAAGCUAAAAAUUUUCUGCUUGGAUUGGUGGAUGUAUUAUAGCAAAUUUAGCUUAAAAUUCAAAUUUAUGGAUAUCUAGAAAUGAUUAUGAUGAAUAUGGACCAAAUAUAGUAUAAAUAAAAUGCUUUUGA